AUGCCUCGACCGUCAAGGGACACUUAUGGCGACCAGAAGCCGCCCUAUUCCUACAUUUCGUUGACCGCGAUGGCGAUCUGGUCGUCGAGGGAUAAAAUGCUGCCCCUGGCUGAGAUCUACAAGUUCAUCGCGGAUCGGUUCCCUUAUUACAGGAAGGACACUCGCAGAUGGCAGAACUCUUUGAGGCACAAUUUGUCCUUCAACGACUGCUUCAUCAAGGUGCCACGGGGGCCCCAUCGACCGGGCAAAGGUGCCUACUGGGCUCUGCACCCGGCAGCCUUGUCCAUGUUCGAGAACGGCUCGCUGCUUCGACGCAGGAAGCGCUUCAAGCUGCACAAGCCCGACAAAGAAUUGCUGAAGUCGGAACUUCAGGCCCUGGCGUCCGCCAUGCCACCUCCCCACUCCGAAUCCUCGCCCGUCUUAUCGAUAAAUCCCAAUGCACAGACGAGCAGCCUCACCGUUGCCAAUCUCCACCGUCUGCGCGACGAUUUGCUCCGUUGGGAGCUGCAAGAACGUCGUCUGACAAUGACUUCCGGCGGGAACAGCUCGCCAGGCUUCACCACGUCGGACGCUGGCUCUAGUUACUACCUUCUGUCGCCAGAGGUCCGACAGAGACUCGCGGGAACCGACGAGAUUCUCCGCGGUUACGAGAACAACCUCCUGCAGACAGGGAGCUGGAGCUUCCCUGGCUUCCAGGUGUCCCCAUACGUGUCCCAGUUGUCCUACUUCCAGACAGACAUGCCGGAAAGCAGACAGAUCUGCGCUGGAGGCGCAGAGACCAGUGUCCCCGAAAAGACUGACUCUAGGGUUUUUCUGGAGACCGCGAGAGGCGCCACCGUCGAGCCAGUUGACGGUAAAAUUCGCUGUCCGGUACUGGAGGCUGGCAUUUCCAGCCAGACGAGCAUCCAGCCGGAGCAGAAGAAGAAGAAGAAACCGUUUACCAUUGAGAAUAUUAUUGCACCGGACGACGAACAGAUUUCGAGUAACUCGGAAGAUGAGAAGAGGUCUUCUGGCCACCUUCUGGUACCUAGGCCACUUUAUGCCGGAUUCUCGUUCGGCCUGUCCGCGACCAAGGUUCCCUACGAGACCGCCACUUGA